GUGAAACCAACGACUCUGCACUAGAACCUGAGACGACUCUCGAGGAUCCCAGAUGAUCAUCAGGAGUGGGAGGAGAUGGAACAUGGCUUGGGGCCACACACUGGACUUUUGGUGAUAAGAUACUAAAUAUUUAGAACAAAGUAGAAAGUACUGUAUCAACGGUCAUGAAAUGAUACACCUACUGUGACUUGGAGUGUACUUUCCACUGGGAUACUCUCCUUGAAGAAUCCGGGAUUAAUCACACGCAAAGAGAAGUCUUCAGUGUAAGUUGUUAUCUCGGAAAAACAGCUCACUUCUGGUUCUUGGCUCUAAGAGACUUCGCCCAGCAGACCUGAUAAGCUGAAGGACAAAAUCAAUACCUGGGAAAUCAGAGCUCACUGCUCCGUAACCAUGAGUGAGGAAAUUGAGAUAGCAGAGGUGAAAGACUGGAGGGAGCUUGAACCCAACUACUCCGUCAAAAUCUUCCUGACAAUCUUUUACAGCCUCAUCCUGGUGACGGGUAUCGUGGGUAACUCGGUCACCAUCAGAGUGACACAAGUGCUGAAGCGCAAUGGCUACCUGCAGAAGAACGUUACUGAUCACAUGGCUAGUUUGGCGUGCUCUGACUUGUUGGUGCUCCUCAUCGGCAUGCCAGUGGAGCUCUACAGCGCCAUUUGGUUUCCGUUCUCAUCAGCAGGUGGGAACGCUUCCUGUAAGAUCUACAACUUCCUGUUCGAGGCUUGCAGCUAUGCCACCAUCCUCAACGUGGCCACACUUAGCUUUGAGCGCUACGUGGCUAUCUGUCACCCGUUUCGCUUCAAAGCCCUGGGUGGAAAACGCACCUCUGCCCUCAUCACCUUUGCCUGGCUGGUGUCCGUGCUUGUGGCCCUGCCGUUGCUGGUUGCCACAGGAACGCAGGGACACAUUCCCUUCCUGGCAGACACACCCGUCCAGAAUCUGACUUUCUGUACAAAUCUGAGGGAGCGCUGGGUGAUGUACAGGGUCAGCAUCUUCGUGGCUUUCAUUGUCUACAUGAUGGUGUUGAUCUGUGUGGCCUUCAUGUGCCGGGCCAUGGUCCUCGUCCUUCGGAAACCUUCAGGGUCCAUGGAUGGCACUAUUAACGGUGCGCUCAAGCACGAAAGUUCAAAGGUCAAGACAGCCAGGAAGCAGACCAUCAUUUUUCUUGGUCUCAUCGUGGGAUCCUUGAUGGUGUGCUGGCUUCCCAACCAGAUUCGUCGUCUAAUGAUGGCCGCCGUGCCCAAGUCCCGCUGGACCAUUUCCUUCUUCCGGAGCUACGUCACUCUCCACCCAGUGGCCGACUCCUUCUUCUACCUUAGCUCCGUCCUCAACCCGUUCCUCUACAACCUCUCCUCCAGACAGUUCAGGGAGGUUUUUGUUCAGGUGCUGCGGUGCCGCCUCACCAUCGAACACAUCAACAAGCGCACAGUGCGGAGCUCCCGCGCUGCCUCUGCACGCUCCCUCCAGCCCCUGCUGAUCAAGUCAUUGCGUCGCAGCAGGGCCAACCGUCCCACCCUGGCACAAGAGAAAACUCCUCCCACCUUUACAACCUUUCAGAGUCAAAGUGACUCAGGAGUGGCAUCAAAUACUGAAACUUCCCUCAGCCUGACUGAAGAGUCCGAUACAAUUCCCAAAACAAAGACAGAUGUACCAUCAGAGACUGAAGUAUAGUGUGUUGUACAAUUUAAUGCAACACAAUGAACAGUACAAUUACAUCUGCUUGUGCUGUGCCAUCAGAAACAAAUAAAGAGAAAUUCCUUAUACACAGUGAACACAGCAAGUUAAGUCAGAAAUGAUCAGAUGACAAUUUGGCACGAUUAGGAAGCUUGAUGGGACUCUGCAAGAAAUUGUUAUCAAGUCAGACAAUUAUUAUACAAACGUUGAAAUAUUCAGUUCAACAUAAAGACCCUCACAGCUUGAGUUAAAGUUAAAGGUACCCAGCAGAGUUUUUGACCACCAGUGCGGCUCCUUUUGGAUGUUUGCAUCUCGUGGGCAAACAUCCCACGAGGACACACGUACACUCAUAACACUCAUUGUACUUUCAUGUUGACUGCAGAUGAUUGCACAUGUGCAGUGCAUAACAAGGCCCCUCGGAACAGCACUGAGCUGUAAGGUGAUUCUAGCUUAGUGGCCACAGUUGGAAUAGCAGGUCAGUUGAUAUGCACCGGCCAAGACUACUUUUCCUUACAUUCGUCACAAAAGGACUCUCAUUAUUAGCAUUUUAGCCUUUAGGUCCCUCAUUAGGCUCAAUGCUCCCAAAAAUGUACGAGCCCAAGUAACCAAUAAAACUUUUUGUGUCAUCCAACUUUCAUUGGAACAAACUGUGGUUUUCUAUGUAUUGAAUGUCCUUUAAACUUUGAUGUCCCAAUAACAUUAAUAUCCUCAUGUUCACGAGGUUGGUAUGUUGGCCGACAUAAAAAUGAAGUUGUAUCCUACAUGUUGUUGUCCAACAGUUCAUUUAUUACACACUUAAGAGUGACAGUAUGACAAGUUGAUCUCUAGAACAACGUGCAGAAGCAUUUUGUGAUCUGACAGCCCUAUCGGCAGUUUCAAAUUACUGUUAUACGAAUAAAACUGUUUUAUGGUGAGACAAGGCUUUGGCUAGGGUUUGGUUAGGGUUGGACACAAAAAGGUUAUAUCUAGGGAAAGAUCAUGGUUUGCGUUUAAAAUUGUACUUGAUAAAAAAUAGGGAAUUUUUGCUGUUAAAAUAACUUCACUAUAUUUGUCAUCAUGGUUACAGUAAUAAACAUGUGGCUAGGGUAAGGAAACGAUUGAGGUUGUGGAUAAAAGAAAAUGGGAAAGGAACAGCAAUCUCCUGUGUUCAAAUGUUUUGUUGCUCUAUAAAAGACUGGUUCGGGACCCACAGGUGGGUCACAGGAGAUUUUAUCAGGGUCGAGAUUUAUCAAACAUAUGGCUGGUUCACUUAUUCAAGACAAUAUAAGAUGAUGCGGAAAUGGCAGUAACAAUGGUCAGGAACAUUCAUUUAUGCAAAAAUGGGAUUCUUCUCACGAUUUACAGAUGAGGCCUAUUGUGAGUUAGGUCACGAUUGUUUGUCAUUAUUAAAAAGUAGGUCCCCAGAAAAAAAAGUUGGGAAAACACUGCUCUACAACAACGUCACGUGUCUUCCUUGUUUGCUGCUAGAGGGCGCUGCAUUUAUUUUGUAAAUGUGUGUUGUUUUGGGGCGCUUUUCUUGGGAGACCAUUGUGUCUGAUAUAUGAUACAAUGAGCAUAAUAUGAACCUGGUGGCCAUCUUAGAACAAUUUUGUAAUCAGUUCUCUUAAUACAUUCAUGUCGGGCAAGCAAUAUGAAGUCCUGUGGCUUCAUGUUAUUGCACUCACUGACAGCUGGUGGCACUGAAGCCAUAAGAUACUUAGCAAUGCAUCGGCAAAGAUGAGGCAGAAGACGACAGUAAGCUGGUGUGAACACAGGCGUUGGCCAUGCGGAUCUCAAAAUAUUGGCUGUAAAAAUGCAUUCAACAUGUUUGUUAGAACUCCAGGACACUCCACAAAACUCCACAGGGCACCUUUAAGGUUCAGGUCACCUCAAAACCAACAACUCAACCACUGCAAAAGCAACGGAAUAUUACAUUCAGAUGGACAACACCAACGACUUUUAGCUCAUCACAUUACGUCUUGUCAUAAUAUAUGUGGCUCUGAAAUAAUCUCUGACAUGGUAUGCAUACUGACGCAACAUAUUCCCUGAUCGUAGGGAACUAGCAUAACUUUUAGGGUAACUUCAGAACUCUUUCUUCAAAGUCCAUCAGCAGUCUAGAUGCCCCUUAUCGUACCACACACUCACUGUACUACUGCUGCUCAACCUCAAUGCAAACGGUUCUAGUCAUUAUAAAU